AUAAUAUUCUUCACCACGAAGCUUAUUUGUCAAUCGGCUGAAGUAACGUGUGGCACUUGAGUAAACUUGAGGUUCUUGGCAGUUCAUUGAAAUAUUUUGGAAAUUAAUUUUGCCCGCACGGGGAAGCAAUCAUGGCGAGUCCUCGCACACGGCGUGUCUUGGGAGAAUUAAAGCCUCGAGAUGAAAAUAAUAAAUGCUUUGAAUGCGGAGCUCAUAACCCACAAUGGGUCUCGGUUACAUAUGGAAUAUGGAUUUGCCUUGAAUGCUCUGGUAAGCAUAGAGGACUUGGUGUACAUCUCUCGUUUGUUCGUUCCGUUUCAAUGGAUAAAUGGAAAGACACUGAACUGGAAAAGAUGAAAGUUGGAGGAAAUAGAAAUGCUCGAGAAUUUUUGGAUUCUCAACCAGAUUGGGAUGAGUCUAUGCCAAUAUCACAUAAAUAUAAUACCAAGGCAGCAGCAUUAUACAGAGAUAAGAUAGCAACUCUAGCACGAGGUGAGAAUUGGAGUCCAUCUAGUGCAAGUGCAAAGUUAUUUACAAGCACUAGUCCUCAAGAAGGUAAAACACAAGAAUAUGGAUCUUACCAGGGUGACCAAAGUCCCUCUUAUCAGAAUAUAAAUUCUCCUAGUUUUAAAAGUCAAACUGAAUCAUUCUUUGCAAGGAAACAGAAUGAAAAUGCAAGUCGUCCUGACGAUUUGCCCCCAAAUCAAGGUGGAAAAUAUGGAGGUUUUGGUUAUCAAAUGGAUCCUCUUCCUAAGAGUUCAUCUCAGGAAUUCUUUGGUACUGCUGUAUCUUCUUUAGCAAGUGGUUGGUCAAUGUUUUCUACCUCGGCUACAAAAAUUGCAAGCAAAGCAACGGAAAAUGCUAUAAAGAUUGGUGGCAUUGCUACGCAAAAGGUUGGCGAUUUAGGUAGAAGAGGUUGGGGUGAUAUAGCAGGGAGCAAUUCAUCUGAGCAGCAGCAUUAUAAUUCAAGUGAACAUUAUCAAAAUACAUCAAAUACUUAUCAGAACAAUGCAACCACUAACUCACAUUCCACCGAGAGGUCAUCUCUUGUUACAGGACCAAGCCAAAAAGGUAACUCCCCAAAUAUAAACUCUUCCUGGGAUUGGGGUGGUGAUUCAAAGGUGACUAGUGAUUCAACAUCCAGUAACAGAAGUACUAUGAAAUUAUCGGAGGAAGCACAAUUUCGGAAAGAGAUCGGAUUAUUUGAUCCAGACUUCAAAGAAAAAAAGCAGUCCAAGGCCGAUGAAGAAUCGUGGUCGGACUUGUUAAAUUAGGUGAAAUAAUAAGAAUUAGAUGUCACUGUCGUAAAUGAUACUUUUCUGAAGUUCAAAGUUUCUAUAGAUUCUAUUGAUGAUCACUAAGGAGAUCUUAGUAAAGAGCGCCAGCCUUAUGGGACUUUGUGUCUGAUGGUAGCUAGUGGGCAUAAUAGACACGGGAGAUAUGCUGGAAGUAAUAUAGAAAUUCUGAAGGGGAUUGAAAUAACAUACAGUUCGUUUCAGACACAGAAUACACAGAGGCUGUUCCUUUUUAUCAAUUCCUCCUCGAUGCAAUGAUGCAUGGCUUCCGUCUGUCGCGUAUUUGUGAACAUGUCUUAUAUAACAAUCUCUACAUGUUUACAGUUACCGCUACUAACUAUAAAUGCAUUUUUAAUGUACGAACAUUACACGUAUGCGUAGUCCCUGAAUAUUUUUAAAUUUUAAAGAAAAUUGUUGCACGCUAUGAAUACUUAUUAUUCCCCAAAAAAUAACGUUUUGAGUUUACUGUUGUAAUUCCAUAUGCUGUUGGAUUUCUGAAUUGUGUUGAUUUCUUUGAAAAUAUUUAAUGGACGUUGAUCGUCGAUAAUAGACAAUUAUUCCAACAAAUCUACUGCUCUUUUUCUGGUGUCGUCAUACGUAGAGAUUGACCAUGGGAUUAAAUUAAUUUUAUAAUAAAAUAAAAUACUACGAGAACUUAUAUGCCUAAUAUCUUAUAAUACGGUAUCAAAAAUGUGUGGUAUAACAAAUUGUAAGGAUAUGUAGUAUUAGUUGAAAUUGAGUAAAAAAUUCCACAGUGUGUUGCGAAGAGACAUAACUUGUGCUCUUUUAUAAAACUUGUUUAUCAAUUACAUAGUACAUGGAAUAGUAUUCAUCCAAAAUUAUUGCAACAUUGAAAUGGUUACUUAUGAGAUCAUUUUUAACCAACGAUCGCUGUAUUAAUUAUAAAAAAUAUCGAGCUUCGAUCGUUUAGUUAUUUAUAUACGUUUUUGUUUUAUCCACUACAUGAUAAUCAAAUAGUAAAAAACUGUUUACAUAGCCAAUGAUAAUGGAAGAAAAGCAUAUUUGAAAUUCAUCUAUGUUAUAACUUGUUGAAAAAUACCAUGUGUAUCACUAUUGAUAACUAUGGUGUUUAGGAGAAGUAUUUUUAUUAGAAAAUAUAAAAUAUUCUUGACCGUAUAAUUGGUUUUCUAUGGAUAGUUGACAUAAAAUCCAAAGAAAUAAUAAAAUAAAGUUGGCACCUGAAUUACGUACAUUAGACAAAUUAAAAGAUUAGUCAGACAGAGGAUUGCCAAAGUAUAAUGCAUAUUAUCCUUAGAAAAUCAUCAUUGUAUGUUCCAUUGACGAACGAGAUUUUAGAAUAAACUUGAUCUGAGAAAAUAGUAAUGAUGUUACAUUAUUAUAAUAAUAGUCUAAACAAACAAUGAAGCAUUUUAUAAACCAUAAUACUGUCAGUUUUAAAAAUGCGUGCACAAUUUUUGUUUUAUUUAGAUGACAUAUUUUAUGUUUGAAAGGGUUGAUAAGUAUGUAGUAAGUUGCAAUAGUAUCUUACUGCUCAUUUAAAAAAAUAUACUGGAAUUCUUUGUA